CCAUCAUCAGUUUCAGUUUCUCACAUCAACCAAAAACACAGCUAGCUCGCUUGUUCUCUGAUUAAUAUAAUUUCUCCAUCAUAUAUCAUCGAUCGUCUGCAUUCAUUCAAUUCCUAGCUAACUACCUAGCUAGCUUCACAUCAAACCCAUCAUAGACACAUACAUACAUACAUACAGAUUCAUGGAGGUCUUCGUCGCAGUCCCCGUCCCUGUCCCUGUCCCAGGGGCCGCCGCCAUGGCCAUGGCCAUGGCCAUGGCCGCGCUUGCCCUCCUCCUCUGCGCCGCCUUCAUCUACGCCGCCUGGCUCUCGCCGGCCGCCACCAGGCGCCGCCUCCGCCGGGCCGGCUUCGACGGGCCCAGGCCCUGCUUCCCCUUGGGCAACCUGCCCGAGAUCACCGAAACUACGAUGGCCGCCGUCAAAACAACACUGCCGCUGCUUCCUGCUUCCCCCUCCUCCUCCAGCAUCAGCGAUGUCCACGCCGCCGUGUUCCCCUACUUCGCCCGGUGGCGCCAGGCCUUCGGCAAGGUGUUCGUCUACUGGCUGGGCACCGAGCCCUUCCUGUACGUGGCGGACCCGGAGUUCCUCAAGGCCACCACCACCGGCGCGCUGGGCAAGCGCUGGGGCAAGCCCGACGUGUUCCGGCGCGACCGGAUGCCCAUGUUCGGGAGGGGGCUGGUGAUGGCCGAGGGCGACGAGUGGGCGCGGCACCGCAACAUCAUCGCCCCCGCAUUCUCCGCCACCAACCUCAACCACAUGAUCGGAGUGAUGCAGCGGACCACCGCCGGGAUGCUGGCGCGCUGGGCCGACGCCGUGGCCGCCGGACAGAGCGUCAUCGACGUCGAGGCCGGCAUCGUCCGGAACGCGGCCGAGAUCAUCGCCAGGGCCAGCUUCGGCCUGGACGACGGCGACGAGGCCGGGGCCCGGGUGUUCCGGAAGCUGCAGGCCAUGCAGGCGAUGCUGUUCCGGUCGAACCGGCUGGUGGGCGUGCCGCUGGCCCGGCUGCUGCAGGUGCGCAAGACGUACGAGGCGUGGAAGCUCGGGCGGGAGAUCGACGCGCUGCUCAUGGAGAUGAUCGACGCGAGGAUGAGUCGUCAAGGCGGCAGCAGCAAGAAGCAGGAAGACCUGCUGUCGCUGCUGCUUGCCGGGACCGGCAGCGGCAGCAAGGUUAUGAGUAUGACGCGGCGGGAGGUGGUGGACGAGUGCAAGACCUUCUUCUUCGGCGGGCACGAGACGACGGCGCUGGCGCUGUCGUGGACGCUGCUGAUGCUGGCGGCGCACCCGGAGUGGCAGGAGGCGCUGCGGGAGGAGUUAUACAUGGUGGCGGCCGGCGGCGAAGAAGGGCCCCUGGAGCUGGGGCGGCUGACGAAGAUGGGGUGGGUCAUGAGCGAGGUGCUGCGGCUGUACCCGCCGUCGCCCAACGUGCAGCGGCAGGCGCUGGAGGACAUGAAGGGCAUCCCGCGGGGCACCAACAUGUGGGUGGACGUGGUGGCGAUGCACCGCGACCCGGCGCUGUGGGGCGAGGACGCGCACCUGUUCCGGCCGGAACGCUUCGCCAGGGACCCCGUGCAGGGCGGGUGCCGCCACCGCAUGGGCUUCCUGCCCUUCGGCUUCGGCGGGCGCAUCUGCGUGGGGAGGAACCUGACGGCCAUGGAGUACCGGGUGGUGCUGGCCAUGCUGCUGCGCCGCUUCCGCCUCGAGGUGGCGCCUCAGUACAGGCACGCGCCGAGGGUCAUGCUCUCGCUCCGGCCAGCCGCCGGCAUCCACCUCCGCCUCACGCCCAUCCAUAAUUAAUUGAUUUAUUAUUACCUGUACUGUACGCAUGCCUGCCGCGCGCCUAAUAUUUAGCAUUGAUGUCUUUGACAUUUUCAGUAAUAUAUAUAAUAAUUCUUUGCC